CAGCGCGCAGCCGCGCUGGCAUUCGUCUGAAGGACCGAAGCCCCACCUUUCUGUCCUGCGCCAGCGCACUAAGACAAAAAGGCGGGACCUGAGGUCUCGCGCAGGCGCUUGAGAAAGCUUAUAGGGGUCAAGGCGCAGCCGCAGGAAGCUGGGGACUUUUCAUCCAUUGGUGUUUGUGUGCAAAUUAAGAAGACUCUGUCCUGCGCAGGCGUGUUGGGGGUGCUCCCCUCCCACUCCAUCACACAGACACCUCCCGCGCAGGCGUAUUGCCCUCCGCAGGCCCUCACAAGAAAGCUGCUCCUUUCGCCAUUUUGGUAAUGGGAUAUGGGCUAUCAUGCCCUUGGAGUCCUCAGGCAUGAAUAGAAAGGAGCAAGGUGUGGUGUUGGAUGGAGCUGGUCGCCUGUCGGUGACAGCAGUAUUCCUAGGGAUGUUGUACUGGACCGUUUGGUUCUAGCAUCAGGUGUGGCUGGACCAGGCCACCAUACUGGUAAAGAGAAAAGCCAUUUGAGACAGAAAAUGACGCUUUUGGAGGCGUGUUGGAUGACUGUGGUUCCUAAUUCUCUCCCGCUCCCGACAGUUAAUUUUAUCAGUUAAUUGUAUCCUGAGCAUUCCUGCCUUGCGUGGUGGUGGCACUGGAGAGUUCUGCCUGCCCGUUACCACCCUCUCUUCACCACUGUCCCUGAGAUCUGCUCUUCAAGAGGAAGCCUAAAGUGGAGAGUUCGUAAUCCUGACAACGCCCAGCUACCUGCGUACCCCGGACUCCAACUCCCAGUUUGCAAUGCCAAAGGGUCUAAAGGGUAAACCGCGGCGCAUUGCAUCCUGGGAGCAAGAAUCGCGAUAGGUCUGAUGGAUUGUGGGAGCUGUAGUUCCAUGGCCCAGCUGUGCUGCUGUGUCAGCCUGAAGGCAUUAUGGAACAGGCAGACUGGAUUACUGCUGCUGGGAAUGAAAGAGAGUCAAGAAUUAAAGACAAUCCAGGCCAAUCUGUCGAGGCAGAGGGUAGAACACCAGUGUCUUUCAUCUGAGGAACUGAAGCAACGUUUCCCAAAUAUUCGGUUGCCCAGGGGAGAAGUGGGGCUCUUGGACAAUUCUGGAGGAGUUCUCUAUGCAUACAAGGCCCUCAGAGCCCUGCAGGAUGCAGUUCGACAGCUAGGAGGCAUAGUGCGUGACGGAGAGAAGGUGGUGGAGAUAAACCCAGGGCUACUGGUCACGGUGAAAACCCCCUCCAGGAGCUACCAAGCUAAGAGCUUGGUCAUCACAGCAGGUCCUUGGACCAACCAGCUCCUCCGUCCCCUGGGCAUUGAGCUGCCUCUCCAGACCCUGCGGGUCAACGUGUGUUACUGGCGAGAGAUGGUUCCUGGGAGCUAUGGUGUGUCCCAGGCCUUUCCGUGCUUCCUGUGGCUGGGCUUAUGUCCCCACCACAUCUACGGACUGCCCGCAGGAGAGUACCCAGGGCUGAUGAAGGUCAGCUAUCACCACGGCAACCAUGCAGACCCUGAGGAGCCGGACUGCCCCACAGCACACACAGACAUCCGAGACGUCCAGAUCCUGAGCGGCUUUGUCAGAGAUCACUUACCUGAUCUGAAGCCCGAGCCUGCCGUCAUUGAGAGCUGCAUGUACACGAAUACCCCUGAUGAGCAGUUCAUUCUCGAUCGCCACCCAAAGUAUGACAACAUUGUCAUUGGUGCUGGAUUCUCUGGGCACGGGUUCAAGCUGGCCCCUGUGGUGGGGAAGAUCCUGUAUGAAUUAAGCAUGAAGUUAACACCAUCUUAUGACUUGGCACCUUUUCGAAUCAGCCGUUUCCCAAGCCUGGGCAAAGCCCACCUUUGACCUCUGGCCAGAAGCCUCCCUUCUGUGCACAGGAGCCAAUUUCACAGAUGGAGAAGAUGUCUCAGAUGAAGGGAGUGUCCCUGAGAUGUCAUCCUUUUCUUCUGCCUCUCCUGAAUCCCCCGUAAACACUAGAAGAUUGAGUCUACCUUCUUUGCUUGGCCACCUCCCCAUUCACAGCUACUUUCUCGCUCCCAGAAGGUUGAUCAGAUAUUCUACAAUCACAGAAGAGCAAGGACCUUUGAGAUGGAUAUAUCAGUAAGAAGAGGGCACAAGAACUGGCUCUGGAGACCAAAGCAGUUGUUAAAAAUUCUCUUUGCUGGGGGCCGGGUGUGGUGGCUCACACCUGUAAUCCCAGCACUUUGGGGGGCUGAGGCAGGCAGAUCACCUGAGGCCAGGAGUUCAAGACCAGCCUGGCCAACAUGGUGAAACCCUGUCUCUACUAAAAAUACAAAAUUAGCCGGGUGUGGUGGCGCAUGCCUGUAAUCCCAGCUACUUGGGAGACUGAGGCAAGAGAAUCACUUGAACCCGGGAGGCAGAGGUUGCAGUGAGCCGAGAUUGCGCCAUUGCACUCCAGCCUGGGCAACAAGAGUGAGACUCUGUCUCAAAAAAAAAAAAAGAAAGAAAAAAAAAUCUCUGCUGGUAUAUUUGAAGAGCUUGGGAUGGAUUUGACUAAAUCUGCCCUGAGGAGGGUGAACAAGAUGAUCUCAGAGAUCACUACUGCUCUUGGAGUUCCUUUUCCUAAAGCUAAGGCCAGCCUCUAUCACAAAUGCCCAUAAAAUCUGGCUCAUCUUUGAUGAACAAUAAAUAUUUGUUGAACAAAUAAAUAACUGCCCUGCAUUAA